AUGGCGUCCUCCGCCUCCGCUCGGCCUCCGGCCGGGAAGCGAGUAGUAAAUCAAGAAGAACUCAGACGAUUGAUGAAGGAGAAGCAGCGUCUGAGCACUAACCGGAAAAGGAUAGAAUCUCCGUUCGCGAAGUACAACCGCUUGGGGCAGUUGAGCUGUGCCCUUUGUAACACCCCGGUAAAGAGCGAGCUCCUGUGGCAGACUCACGUCUUGGGAAAGCAGCACCGAGAGAAAGUGGCCGACCUGAAAGGCGCGAAGGGAGCCGCCCAGGGUCCAUCUGCAAACGCUGCGUCUCUUUCCGUCAAGAGGAAAGCGUCGGAUGCGGAUAAUCAAGACGCCAAGAGAGCGAAGGCCUCGGUUCCUCAGGUACAGCCCUCCACGUCCGCUUUGUCCACCAACUUUGACAAAACAGGAAAAGAGUCCGCUAGAUCGACACCCAGUAAACCUUCGGGACUCGGUUUACUCCCUGAUUAUGAAGAUGAGGAGGAGGAGGAGGAGGAGGAGGAAGAGGAGGGAGGCGGAGAAGGAAAAAGAGGAGAUAGCAAGCUGCCGCCUAGCACACACGGCAAAGAACACUCACUUUCUUCCUCGCGGGAAGCAACAAGUAGUGUGCUACCAAACGAUUCCUUUAAUACCAAUCCUCCCAAGGCCCCCUUAAUUCCUCAUUCAGGGUCAAUUGAGAAAGCAGAAAUACAUGAAAAAGUGGUGGAAAGGAGAGAAAACACCGCGGAAGCAUUACCAGAAGGAUUUUUUGACGACCCUGAAGUAGAUGCAAAGGUACGAAAGGUUGAUGCUCCAAAGGAUCAAAUGGACAAAGAGUGGGACGAAUUUCAAAAAGCCAUGAGGCAGGUCAACACUAUUUCCGAAGCUAUAGUCGCUGAAGAGGAUGAGGAGGGACGGUUGGACCGCCAGAUUGGGGAGAUUGAUGAGCAGAUAGAAUGUUACCGUCGGGUGGAAAAGCUGCGGAAUCGCCAGGAUGAGAUUAAAAAUAAACUUAAAGAGGUUUUGACUAUAAAAGAACUGCAAAAAAAGGAAGAGGAGAAUGCUGACAGCGACGAUGAGGGAGAACUACAGGAUUUGUUAUCUCAGGAUUGGAGGGUGAAAGGGGCUUUGUUAUAAGGUUUCUUGUUGUUUGUUUCUUACCUUACUGGGAAUUGGAUCCGGUGAAGCUCUACAGUUAAGUCCCAGCCCCAGCUCCCUGCCCCCCCACACACACUUUUUUUUA